AUGGCAGAUGCCGAAAAGGCUGACAGGCUGCCUGCAGCAGAGCGGAAGCGCUUGAAGAAGGAAGCGGAGGCCAAAGCCAGGGCUGAAGAGAAGGCAAAAAAGAAUGCUGAGAAACAAGAGCAGGCCCAAUCCUCUGGCAAGCCGCAAGAAGAGAAUCUGGAGGACCUGGAUCCCACCAAGUACCGAGAAAACCGGAUCGCAGCAUUGAAGAAGCUAUCCGACCCGUAUCCGCACAAGUGGAACGUCACCAUCUCGAUUCCGCAUCUGGUUGAGAAGUACAAAGACAUAGACGCAGGAUCGCACAUGGAGUCGGAGAUCGUGUCCAUUGCUGGCCGUGUCAAGAACAAGCGGACAUCCGGAGCUAAGCUGCUCUUUUACGAUCUGUUCGCUGAUGGCACCCGAGUCCAGGUCAUGUGCCAAGCGCAACACCAUGAAGACGGUGACUUUGCAGAGGAGCAUGCAAAGAUCAACCGUGGUGACAUCAUGGGCGUCCGCGGGUUUGUGGGCAAGUCCAACAAGGGCGAGCUGUCAGUUUUUCCCAAGGCUGUAAAGCUUUUGUCAACUUGUUUGCACAUGCUGCCCAAAGACCAUCAAGGGCUAAAGGACCAGGAAGUGAGGUACCGCAAGCGGUACUUAGAUCUCAUGCUGAACGAGGAUGUCAGGCGUACUUUCUACAUUAGAUCCAAGAUUGUCAACUUCAUUCGACACUAUCUCGACAGCCGCGGUUUCUUAGAGGUGGAGACCCCCAUGAUGAACAUGAUCGCUGGCGGUGCCACGGCAAAGCCUUUUAUCACACACCACAACGAGCUGAACUUGGACUUGUUCAUGCGCGUGGCUCCUGAGCUUUAUUUGAAGAUGCUGGUCAUCGGAGGCUUGGACCGGGUCUUUGAAAUUGGUCGCAACUUUCGCAAUGAGGGCAUUGACCUGACACACAACCCAGAAUUUACAGCAUGCGAGUUCUACAUGGCGUAUGCAGAUUACAACGACCUCAUGGACAUGACCGAAGAGCUCUUCAGUGCCAUGGUCCUCAAUAUCAAGGGCAGCUACAAGAUUGAGUAUCAUCCAGAGGGCCCCGAUGGCCCAGCAGUGGAGAUUGACUUCACACCGCCCUGGCCGCGCAUAUCCAUGGUAGAGGAGAUCGAGAAGAAGGGCAACAUCAAGUUGGGGCGCAACUUUGACGACCCGGCAACCGUAAAGCAGCUAGACGACCUUGUCACAAAGUUGGAGCUAGAAUGUCCACCACCGCGUUCAGCAGCAAGGCUGUUGGACAAGCUUUGUGGGCAUUUCAUCGAGGACAACAUUGUGAACCCAACUUUCAUCACGGAACAUCCUCAAGUCAUGAGCCCGUUGGCAAAGUGGCAUAGAAGCAAGACUGGCUUGACGGAGCGUUUUGAGCUGUUCGUCAAUACAAAAGAAAUAUGCAAUGCAUACACUGAGCUGAACGAUCCCGAGAGGCAGAUGCAGUGCUUCAUGGGCCAGGCAAAAGCCGCCCAAGAGGGCGAUGAUGAGGCACAAGGAGUGGACCACGACUUCGUGACGGCUCUGGAGCAUGGCCUGCCGCCAACGGGAGGCUGGGGUUGUGGCGUUGAUCGCCUGACCAUGUUCCUGUCGGACAAGAACAACAUCAAGGAGGUCAUCCUUUUCCCGGCCAUGAAGCCGCUUUAA